GCAGUGAGCCAAGAUCAUGCCACUGCACUCUAGCCUGGGUGACAGAGGGAGACUCCCUCUCAAAACAACAACAACAAGGAAACCAUGCAGUGUUACACGUUGUCCCACCUGCCCUAGGACUUCUCUUCCCUUCACCCUUAAAUGCUUUCUCUUUGGAAAAAUCACUUGGGUGCAGUUUGUUGAAACUGGUCAGCAAAUUAUUGUUUCCAUAGGUCUGGCAUAAGUCUCAUUAGAAAUGAUUUCAUGAGGCAACCGUAAAAGGAGCUGGUUUUCUCAGUAUUUAGAAAACUCUUGUUUUCUAAGUAGUGAGUGUCUUGCCAGAGGUUCAGUUUUGUUUUUCUUAUGAUUUUGAUUUAUUUGAGUCUGAUAGAAUGGUAUCAAUGACAUGAGGAAUAAUUACAGCAUCUUUUGAAAUUCUAUCCUGGAACCCCACCAGGAACUGACCCAGAUUGGUGCCAAGGUACACAUAAUAGGUUUUAGGUUUUUGAAAAUUGGAAAUGCUAGGCUUUUUGAUACUUAAAGACCAUUGUUUUAGUGGGUGGAGUUCUUUUUUGAUCUUCUAAGUUUAAACUUUUUAGUUCGGGAUGGCCAGUGACCGUCCUGUGUUGUGAGAGUUUAAGAGGCCUCUGAGAAGCAAGACCUGCAUGUGUGUGUGUGUGUGAGUGUGUGUGCACACACAUGUGAACAUACAUUCACAUUUGCACUGUCUUCAUUUUGCCGACAAGUUUUAAGCUUUUCUGGACUUUCUGCUUUUGCUGAAUCUUCAGGAUGCUUGCUAUCUUAGGAAAUUUAGUAUGAUAUUAAGUCUUUAAAUAAAGAUAAAAAUAAUUUGCUUUAAACCAAGAAAAAGAGAGAGAGAAAGAGAGAGAUUGGCAGCAAUAAAUUAGCAUGUUAACAUUGGUGGACAGAUUCUUGUGUUUUCUCUGAGACUUCCUUUGUUUUCCCAGCUUUCUAUGAUUAACAUGUAUUACUUUUAUAUUAGAGAAAAUGAUUUGUAAAAAAGCAUGGUUGCUUUGAAAUUCAUUCUCAGUCUGCCGAUGGGAUAACAAGGUAGAGAAUACAGGAGGGAUGACAGAUUGGAGCUUAGGGACGUUGGGAGCUGGGGCUGCCAUGGGAACUGUUGUUCCCAGCCUUUUUGUCAUCAGAGACGCCCUUCUUUUGUUUUUAUACUUAUUUAUUUUUCUUCUAAAUACCCCUUGCUCUGAAAAAUUUCAUCCAACCCAACACCAUGUUUAUUAAGUAAUAAUAUAUUUCCCCACUCUUGAUCAGUCGAAGAUAGACUUAACUGCCUAUUAGAGUUACCCGAGCCUUUAUGGAGUUGCUACUGUUCCAGCUAAGAGUAAAGAUGUGUGAUGUUUGAAUUGACUCUUGUGUUAGACAUUCAUCUAUGUCCUCUACAUUCAUUUCUACCCGAGUGGAAUUUUCUGGGCUGUGGACCCAAGGCUGAGGCUCUGUGGUUAGAGCUCUCCUGUGUUUUGGACCUAGGAUCCCCGUAUUCCUUCUGACACUGGAGGCCAGAAAUAGGCAUUUUUUGUGGCUGGGAAAUGCCUCCUCCAAUCCAUUUUGGUCCUAAUCUAAAUGAGAAAGAAGAGAGCCAAAUUCCCCAACUCCAGUGUCCACAUACUCGGGUUUAAACCCACUCCCGUGGAGUCCCGCAGAACACGGGAGGAGGAGCUUCUGGCUCCGUUUCCCAGCCCUAUACUCCAGUUUUCUCUUUACCCUUUCUGACCCUCCUGCUUGGGAACUGUGAAAACAAAGAAUGGUAACCAUACAAGGAAGCAAUCCAACUCAAACAUAAUAAAAAUUAAUUUAAAAUGUUAGUGGAUCUCUUGUUGAACACCAACGGGAGAGAAUUAAAUUAUUAAUGCCUAGGAAAAUGAAAUUCUUUCUCCGUCUCUACCACUUGGUAUCUCGUACACGAUGGCAGCUGCUCUUCUAGAAACUCCCUUUUACUUUUCAUCUCCUCACUUUCCACAGCCCUCCAGGAAUAGGGGGGCGUAGAAAGCCUCCCAUCCCUUUCAUCUGGACAGGUACCGAAGCUAGAGGGGGCACUUGUGUUCUUACAGGAUGACCUCAGUUCCAUUCCAAGGAUAGGGUAUAGAACAAGAGUUUUUAGUUUUUAUUGGAACAUGGACCCCUUUGAGAAUCUGAUGAAAGCUUUGGACACUUUUUCCAGAAAAAUUAUAUGAUAAUAACUAACAUUUAUGUUGUAGACAUUGUGCUAAGCACUUAGGUGUAUUAUCUCUUUUGAUGCUCAUCACAACCCUGUGAGGUGUAGGCACUGUUAUCUCUGUUCUGCAGAUGGGAACACUGAGCCACUGAGAUGUUAAAAGAUUUGUCCAGGGAUACACGUAUAAAAAGUUGUGGAGUCUUUGCAUAUAAUUUUAGUUGGUGCUCAGGUUAAGAUCUUCAGCUCUAGAUUAUGAGCCACCACCUGCAAUCACUUAAAGACAGAUGUCUGUACAUGUAACAGGGUAGCAGGUGGAUACUAACCCCCAGGGCUGGUGACCAACCUGCUUGUCAGGGUAGUGAAGGAAGGGAAAGGCUGCUCUUGGCUCCCCGUUUGCAGAGUCCUCCCCCGUCCUCUUCGACCAAUUAGGUGAAUCUGUGUGUGGGUUUCUAAGUGUCUGUGCUUUGCAGUGAUCCCACACAGUUAUCUAAUUGGCAUUUAAUGUGAGCUGGGAAGUUAGACAAUCUGGGCUUCUCUCUUGGUUUUGCUACCACCAGACUGUGCGACUUGGGGAGUCAUUCAGACCCUGUGCGCUCAUCUGCAGACCAGGGAGAAUGAACUCUGGACCUCACUGGAUUGGGAGGGUCUUGCUACAGUGAGAGGAAGUCACUGCCUUUAAUGCAUCUUCCCGUGGCCCAUAAGUGGCCUGCUAGAAAUAGUGUGCACAUCUUUUUCUUAUUAAGAUUAGGGCUUCCAGAAACUGACCUGUGACUGCUGACCACACUUGACAUCUGCAGUUUUUGGAGUUGCAGUGAAUGUUUUCUUAGACCUCCAAUCAAUGAUUAGUAAUAAUUAAGAUUUUGUAAUAGCUUGUACCCCCUCUUCUGUCUGCCCUUCUUCCCACCCGUUUGGCCAUGACCCCCAUAGCAGGUAUCCUUAAAAUCACAGAGCUGUGAAAUGUCAGUGCUGGAAAGGAACUUGAUCACCUAUGGCUAGCCAUGCCAUUGUGCAGAAAUGGAAAUAGGCUCAGAGAGGUGCAGAAACUUGCCCAGGGCCACACAGCUAACCCAUAGGAGUAGAGGCUGGGUCAUAUUCAUCAUAGUUUCUCUGUUUUCAUCCUCACUGCCUCUCAAACUUCCUCAGUGCAUGGAGAAUGGAGGAACAAACUAUUUGUACAAGCAGAGCCAUUUUAGAAGUUCUUCAUGGCGCUAGGCCCACAGUUCCUCACUUUCAGGUCAUUGUUAACUUCUCCAAGCACCAAGAUGAAUCUCUGCUGUAGACAGAGACCUGGGAAAUAUCCCUGUCUAUUUACUGUGUUAUCCCAGGUAAUGUAGAGAUGGAUGUAGCCAGGCGGUGUGUUGAGAGACUUUUGGAGGUCAGGGUGGUGUGGUUUAUUAAUGGCUGUGCUGGAGUUCUCUCUGCAGCAGAGGUCUAAAUUGGAUAUAAAGAGCAUCUUUUCUGAAGCUGGGUCCAGCUGAUCUGAGUGGUGAUAUUCAGCACUACUAGGCGUUAGCUUCUAGCAUCUCCCACCUCUUGCCACAUGCCACUGUGAGUAUUCAUGGACUUUCUCCUCUUCUGUCUGCGAAAGAGAAUUCUAUUGUCUAUUACUCAACUUUCCUGGUAACACUACCUUCUAAGGAGAAGUUUCUCUUGGUUAGUUUAGUGCCUGGGCCUUUUUCAUAUGGAGUCAGGGCAAUGAGUAGAGGCUGAAUUAGAGAGCUAGGAGGUAGGGAUGGUCAGAGUGUUUGUGUGUGUGUGUUUGUGUGUGUGUGUGUAUGUGUGUAAGCAGCUACUGGCAUCGGAAAGGGCCAAUACUUGUAGGUGAGAGGAGAGAAUGAAGGCCAAAGGAAAGGAGGAGGGAGAGGAAAGUGUUUAUCAACUGGGGUUUAGGGAGAGUGAGGAGAUGAAAAGUAAAAGGAAGUUUCUAGAGGAGCUCUCUGUGUUUAGGAUAUCAAGUAGUAGAGAAGGAGAAAGGACGUUGAAGAUACUUUCCUGUGCAUUAAUAAUUUAAUUCCCUUCUUUUGGUGCUCCACAAGAGAUCCCCUAACAUUUUAAGUUAAUUUUUAUUAUGUUUGAGUUGGAUUGCUUCCUUGUAUGGCCACCAAAUGGACGCUGGGCUACAUGGAGACCCAGUUAUGUUCAGGCGACACUGGUCUGUUCUAUCUGGGGCUGAUGGUGAGGCAGUAGAGUGUGAGAAGCACAUUCUGGAAGGUGGGUGAUGGCGGAAGUGCUCUGUGGCGGGGGGCCUCGGGCUGAUUUGCUGGAGUCAGCUUGUACUUAGUGUUACUUCAUUCUGCACAAAUCCCAGAUCAUUUUCCUGUGUUAAAAAUAAAGAAAUAUGUCAGAGUUCUCAGAUUCAGUGCUUAUUUACUUCAUACCCUAUCUUCAAAAAUAAUUUGAGGCAGUUUGAAUUUAGUGGGGAAAUGUGGCAAUUCAUUCAGACUGUAUUUUUUCCAUAAAUAGAAAGGAAAUUUGCUUUGAGAAGAAAGAAUAGGUUGAGUUUCUAGGCUACAUUUUGCUGAAAGAAAUAUUAUUGGGGAAGGAUAUUUUAAUUUUUAUUCUCCAAGAAAUUGCUCUUUUGUUCUGCUUUGAGGUGGAGGUGGUUUAGCACAGAGAAGAUUUUUAGACCAAGGCAAGGAGCAGUGACUAUUUGGCUUAGAUAAAGAGAGUGCUUUCUUCUGUCUGUGCCUCGUGGGGUCGAAUCUAUCUGUGUGAGCUGCCUGUCCAACAUUCACGUUCAGUGAGAUGACUUCUUUGAGUGGCUAAAGGCCCCAGAACAAACAGACUGCUGGGACUUGCAGGUCUGUGCAUGGAGCUUCUUUCUGUUGCCUCCUAGAAGGGCAGAGCAAUGCUUCUGAGGAAGAGUAACAUCCAGAAGACUGACACUCAGAUUUCAGGCAAGAGUACCAGGCAAGAGCAGGAAAAAAGACCCGCCUGGUACUGCUGGAGUUGGCAUCGUUUGGAAGAGUUUGUGAAACCUUUCUGCCCAGAGCUCCUGGACCAAUGCGUCUUCCCACCACCUUAAACCACUGAGCAGUUCAGAGCCCCAGUUGCAGACGACUUGUCCUGCCACCACCAUGAGCUCUGAAUGUGAUGGUAGUUCCAAAGCUGUGGUGAAUGGCUUGGCACCUGGCAGCAAUGGUCAAGACAAAGCAACUGCCGACCCUUUACGUGCACGCUCUAUUUCUGCUGUUAAAAUCAUUCCUGUGAAGACAGUGAAAAACGCCUCAGGCCUAGUUCUCCCUACAGACAUGGAUCCUACAAAAAUCUGCACUGGGAAGGGAGCGGUGACUCUCCGGGCCUCGUCUUCCUACAGGGAAACCCCAAGCAGUAGCCCUGUGAGCCCUCAGGAAACCCCGCAACACGAAAGCAAACCAGGUCUGGAGCCAGAGCCUUCUUCAGCAGAUGAGUGGAGGCUUUCUUCCAGUGCUGAUGCCAAUGGAAAUGCCCAGCCAUCUUCACUUGCUGCCAAGGGCUACAGGAGUGUGCAUCCCAAUCUUCCUUCCGACAAGUCCCAGGAUGCCACUUCCUCCAGUGCAGCCCAGCCGGAGGUAAUAGUUGUCCCUCUCUACCUGGUUAAUACUGACAGAGGGCAAGAAGGCACUGCCAGACCUCCAGCACCUCUGGGGCCUCUUGGCUGCGUCCCCACAAUCCCAGCGACCGCCUCUGCCGCCUCACCUCUGACCUUCCCGACUCUAGAUGAUUUCAUUCCCCCUCAUCUGCAGAGGUGGUCCCACCACAGCCAGCCAGCCCGCGCCUCUGGCUCCUUUGCCCCCAUUAGCCAGACGCCACCAUCCUUCUCACCACCACCUCCACUGGUCCCUCCUGCCCCGGAGGACCUCCGCAGAGUCUCGGAGCCUGACCUCACGGGAGCUGUUUCGAGUACCGAUUCCAGUCCUCUACUAAAUGAAGUUUCUUCUUCCCUUAUUGGAACUGAUUCCCAAGCCUUUCCACCAGUUAGCAAGCCUUCAUCCGCCUAUCCCUCCACAACGAUUGUCAAUCCGACUAUUGUGCUCUUGCAGCACAAUCGAGAACAGCAAAAACGACUCAGUAGCCUUUCAGAUCCUGUCUCAGAAAGAAGAGUGGGAGAGCAGGACUCAGCACCAACCCAGGAAAAACCCACCUCACCUGGCAGGGCUGCUGAAAAAAGAGCAAAGGAUGACAGUAGGCGGGUGGUGAAGAGCGCUCAGGACCUAAGCGAUGUUUCCAUGGAUGAAGUGGGCAUCCCCCUCCGGGUACACUUAGAGAACACUGAGAGAUCAAAAGACUGGUACAAGACUAUGUUUAAACAGAUCCACAAACUAAACAGAGACACUCCUGAAGAAAACCCUUAUUUCCCUACGUACAAAUUCCCUGAACUUCCUGAAAUCCAGCAAACUUCUGAAGAGGACAAUCCUUACACUCCCACCUACCAGUUUCCUGCAUCUACUCCUAGUCCUAAGUCUGAAGAUGAUGAUUCAGAUCUAUACUCUCCCAGAUACUCGUUUUCUGAAGACACAAAAUCUCCCCUUUCUGUGCCUCGCUCAAAAAGUGAGAUGAGCUACAUUGAUGGUGAGAAGGUAGUCAAGAGGUCAGCCACGCUCCCCCUCCCAGCCCGCUCUUCCUCACUGAAGUCAAGCCCAGAAAGAAAUGACUGGGAACCCCCAGAUAAGAAAGUAGAUACAAGAAAAUACCGUGCAGAGCCCAAAAGCAUUUACGAAUAUCAGCCGGGCAAGUCUUCCGUUUUGACCAACGAAAAGAUGAGUCGGGAUAUAAGCCCAGAAGAGAUAGAUUUAAAGAAUGAACCUUGGUAUAAAUUCUUUUCGGAAUUGGAGUUUGGGAAACCGCCUCCCAAAAAGAUAUGGGAUUAUACUCCUGGAGACUGCUCUAUCCUUCCUAGAGAGGAUAGAAAGACUAAUCUAGACAAAGAUCUCAGCCUCUGCCAGACAGAGUUAGAGGCAGAUUUAGAAAAAAUGGAGACGCUUAAUAAAGCACCCAGUGCAAACGUGCCACAGAGCUCAGCCAUCAGCCCCACUCCGGAAAUUUCUUCAGAGACUCCUGGAUAUAUAUAUUCUUCCAACUUCCAUGCAGUGAAGAGGGAAUCAGAUGGGGCUCCUGGGGAUCUCACUAGCUUGGAGAAUGAGAGACAAAUUUAUAAAAGUGUCUUGGAAGGUGGCGACAUCCCUCUUCAGGGCCUGAGUGGGCUCAAGCGACCAUCCAGCUCGGCUUCCACUAAAGUGGAUCGUAAAGGUGGGAAUGCUCACAUGAUUUCUUCAUCUUCAGUCCAUAGCCGAACGUUUAACACUAGCAAUGCGUUAGGCCCUGUGUGUAAGCACAAGAAGCCCCUGUCAGCUGCGAAAGCCUGCAUUUCGGAAAUCCUUCCUUCCAAAUUCAAACCCAGGCUCUCGGCUCCCAGCACUCUUUUGCAGGAACAGAAGAGUAUCCUCUUGCCCUCAGAGAAGGCUCAAAGCUGUGAGAACCUUUGUGUUUCCGGUUCUUUGAAUGAUUCCAAAAGAGGCCUCCCGCUCCAAGUGGGAGGGAGCAUUGAGAACCUGCUCAUGCGCUCCCGACGGGAUUAUGACAGCAAGUCGAGCAGUACCAUGAGCCUCCAGGAGUACAGCACCAGCGGCAGGAGGCCCUGCCCUCUCUCAAGAAAGGCUGGGAUGCAGUUCACCAUGCUUUAUCGGGACAUGCACCAGAUCAACCGAGCUGGCCUCUUCCUGGGCUCCAUCUCCUCCUCCUCGAGUGUGCGGGAUCUUGCCUCCCACUUUGAAAAGAGUAGCCUGGCAUUGUCCAGGGGUGAGCUGGGCCCCAGCCAGGAGGGCUCGGAACACAUCCCCAAGCACACCGUCUCUUCCCGCAUCACCGCUUUUGAGCAGCUGAUUCAGCGGUCCCGUUCCAUGCCAUCCCUGGACCUGUCCGGCAGGCUGAGCAAGUCUCCCACACCUGUGCUGUCCCGGGGCAACCUGACCUCAGCCCGCUCGGCCGAGUCCCUCCUUGAGUCAACCAAGCUCCGUCCCAAGGAGAUGGAUGGGAUGAACUCCAGUGGGGUCUAUGCCUCCCCAACAUGUAGCAAUAUGGCGCACCAUGCCUUGAGCUUCAGGGGCCUUGUGCCUUCUGAGCCCCUCUCCACCUGCUCUGAUGACCUGGACCGCUGUUCAAAUAUCUCCACUGACAGCAGAGAAGGCAGUAGCAGCAGCGUUCACGGAGAUUUCCCCAAACAUCGCCUCAACAAGUGCAAGGGCACCUGCCCGGCCUCAUACACUCGCUUCACCACCAUCCGGAAGCAUGAGCAGCAGCAGACCUCUAGACAGCCCGAGUGGCGCCUGGAUUCCAGAGGGGACAAGAGCACCCUCCUCAGGAACAUCUACCUAAUGAGCCCCCUUCCUUUCCGGCUGAAAAAGCCCCUCCACCACCACCCCAGACAACCUUCUCCUGGUGACUCCUCAGGCCUCCUGGUAGGCCAGAAGCCAGACCUCCCCAGUCAGCCCCAUCAGGACCAGCCCCCUUCUGGGGGGAAGCCCGUGGUUCCCACACGCCUGUCUUCCCGACACACGAUGGCCAGGCUUAGCCGCAGCUCAGAGCCCUCUCAGGAGAGACCCACGGCCCUGGAGGACUACCCAAGGGCCAUUAAUAAUGGAAACUCCGUGCCAUACUCAGACCACAGCCUGGACAGGAACAACAACCCACAAAGUGAACUGGCACCAUCCCGCGGAGAUUCAGAAUCGCCAAGACAUUUUAUACCAGCGGAUUACUUGGAAUCCACAGAAGAAUUUAUUCGAAGACGUCAUGAUGAUAAAGAGAAACUUUUAGCGGACCAGAGACGACUUAAGCGCGAGCAAGAAGAGGCUGAUAUUGCAGCUCGACGCCACACAGGCGUCAUUCCGACGCACCAUCAGUUUAUCACUAAUGAGCGCUUUGGGGACCUCCUCAAUAUAGACGAUACCGCCAAAAGGAAAUCUGGGUCAGAGAUGAGACCUGCCAGAGCCAAAUUUGACUUUAAAGCUCAGACACUAAAGGAGCUUCCUCUGCAGAAGGGAGAUAUUGUUUACAUUUAUAAGCAAAUUGAUCAGAACUGGUAUGAAGGAGAACACCACGGCCGGGUGGGAAUCUUCCCACGCACCUAUAUUGAGCUUCUUCCUCCUGCUGAGAAGGCUCAGCCCAAAAAGUUGACACCAGUGCAGGUUUUGGAAUAUGGAGAAGCUAUUGCUAAGUUUAACUUUAAUGGUGAUACACAAGUAGAAAUGUCCUUCAGAAAGGGUGAGAGGAUAACACUGCUCCGGCAGGUAGAUGAGAACUGGUACGAAGGGAGGAUCCCGGGGACAUCCCGACAAGGCAUCUUCCCCAUCACCUACGUGGAUGUGAUCAAGCGGCCACUGGUGAAAAACCCUGUGGAUUACAUGGACCUGCCUUUCUCCGCCUCCCCAAGUCGCAGUGCCACUGCAAGCCCUCAGUUUUCCAGUCACAGCAAGCUCAUCACGCCAGCACCCUCAUCUCUGCCCCACUCCCGCCGAGCCCUGUCCCCCGAGAUGCACGCCGUCACCUCUGAGUGGAUCUCGCUGACUGUGGGGGUCCCAGGCAGGCGUUCUCUGGCCCUGACCCCACCCUUGCCUCCUCUGCCAGAGGCUUCUGUCUAUAACACUGACCACCUCGCCUUGUCACCAAGGGCCAGUCCCUCCCUGUCUCUCAGCCUCCCCCAUUUGAGUUGGUCAGAUCGUCCCACCCCACGGUCAGUAGCUUCUCCACUGGCUCUACCUUCCCCACACAAAACCUACGCCCUAGCACCUGCUUCCCAGGCCUCCCUUCACAUGAAUGGAGACAGUGGUGUCCACACGCCAUCUUCAGGCAUCCACCAAGAUAGCUUCUCGCAGCUGCCACUGGGGAGCUCUGAUAGUGUCAUCUCCCAGCUUAGUGAUGCCUUUAGCAGCCAGAGCAAGAGGCAGCCAUGGCGCGAAGAGAGUGGACAAUAUGAGAGGAAAGCAGAGAGGGAGGCAGGCCAGAGAGGCCCUGGCGGACCCGAGAUCUCUAAGAAGAGCUGCUUGAAGCCUUCAGACGUGGUCAGGUGCCUGAGUACUGAACACAGACUCUCAGAUCUCAACACCCCUGAGGAGAGCCGGCCCGGCAAGCCCCUGGGUAGCGCUUUUCCAGGAAGUGAGGCUGAGCAGACAGAGCGGCAUAGAGGUGGCGAGCAGGCGGGGAGGAAAGCUGCUCGGAGAGGUGGGAGCCAGCUUUCUCAUCAUUCAUUGAGAGCAGGACCUGAUCUCACAGAAUCUGAAAAGAGCUAUGUGGAAGCGGUUUGCAAUGAGAUCAUAAACAUUGCCGAAAAAUCUGUUCAUUACUGCAGCACUGUUUCUCAUCCCCUUGACUUUCAUCACAAGGUAUCCCCUUCUGACAAUAAAUCAUCUUUAAUCAUUUCUCAGCAACCUCAAGCCCAGCAGCGAAGAGUCACCCCCGACAGGAGUCAAACCUCACAAGAUUUAUUUAGCUAUCAAGCAUUAUAUAGCUAUAUACCACAGAAUGAUGAUGAGUUGGAACUCCGCGAUGGAGAUAUCGUUGAUGUCAUGGAAAAAUGUGACGAUGGAUGGUUUGUUGGUACUUCAAGAAGGACAAGGCAGUUUGGUACUUUUCCAGGCAACUAUGUAAAACCUUUGUAUCUAUAAGAAGACUGAAAACCAUGGAGAUUAUUUUUAUUGGAGGAUGAAGCAUCAUUCAUGAACCGAUCUUUUUAGUUGAGUCAGUAGGAAAAUUAAUACAGUGGAUAAAGUAAGAAGCAAAAGACAGGGACAGAGAAGUGUUGUGUUUAAAACCCAAGCCUGUCUAAGGUUACUGUGUAUUAGACAGGGCUGAACUAGUGUGCUGAACAAAAAGAAUUGAGACAAAUUGUAUUUACGUAGCUGCUUCUGGGAGCCACUCCAGCCUUUCCCCUCCCCUCCACCUCUUGGGUAAUCUGACCUGAAGCAUAGUCUGGGAUCAGAGUUAGCCAGAAAUGCCUCCUCCUGCCCCAGCCUUAGAGAGCUCCCAUCUCAAAGGAAUCAUUGAUCCUGAAGGCUUCAAGCCCAAGGAUGCACCAAGACCCCCAGCCUACAUUUCCCAGCUCCUCUGGAGCCAGCUGAUCCUCUAACUGCUGGAGGUCAGUCUGGGCUGCCAAUACUGUCCCCUAGACAAGGUGGAGUCCCCCAAACUGCCCCAAGACCAAAUCCCUCACUCAACCUGCUGAGGUGUGGAUGGGGAAACGGAGGCAAAACUUAGGCACCCACUGCAUUCAGCCUGCUGUGUAGCAGUGCCGUUGACUGCCCUGGUGUUCAGACAAAAGCACACAAGGUUUGCCCAUGAGAACCGGGGAGCAGAUGGCCAAGCAGAUAGGUUAUGUCUGUUUUCUGAGUGAUGAAGUCAGGAAGCCCUGUGGCUCUGGAGGCCACUUGUGGUUCAUUCUUUUCCCGUAUCCUUGGCUUUUAGAAAUGGUUCCCUUCAGGACGGCGCAGCUGCAUUUUUCAGAGCACUGUUGCUAACCUUUCUUUUCUGGCUUGUGUUUGCCUGAGACAGUUUGGAAUUGGGAGGCCUAUUCUCAUAGAAAACCAAAAAUGAUGUUCAUUCAUUCAUUUAACAUACAGCAAUGUAUGCUGGCUGCUGGGGGGACAACCAAAAGCAAGACAUGCCCAGGGUUUGCUGUGGCUCCAGAUCUACUCCCUGUAGGAGUUCAA